AGGCAAUGUCGUGAGAUUAUAAAUUGUUGAACUGGGAGUUAUGGUCAUCAUUAUAGUUGUAAAAUCUCGGUUUUUGUCUUACUCUUGUGCACCUUCCAUCUUUAGCACAAUACAAUGUAUAAUUCCCAUACCGAAUUCCUUCGAAAAGCUGACCUUUUCUUCCUCCCUACUACUCAAAAACCCCAUCACCUAAAUGAACCAACUGAUCACCAAUUCCCCCAUAAUUAUUUCUACACUGAUGAUAAUACCGCUAAUCCCCUCGACUCCUCAUUUUCAUCAAAAGAAGAAAAUGAAAAAUCCCCUGUUCUUGAAGGUAUUGCUGCGGUUGUUGGUGAACAUGUUCUUUUCGGUAACAACAAUAAAAAUAGUGAAAACAAGAAUCAUGAUCAAAUUUCUGAAGAAAGUGGCCAUGCAGUUUCAAUUCUGAAGCGCACGUGUCCUGCUGAAAAAUGUAAUAAUAAUAGUAAAAAUGUGGAGAAGAGCUACAGAGGAGUGAGGAAGAGGCCAUGGGGGAGGUGGUCAGCGGAGAUACGCGACCGUAUAGGGCGGUGCAGGCACUGGUUAGGGACAUUCGACACCCCGGAGGAGGCGGCGCGUGCAUACGACGCGGCGGCGAGGUGGCUGAGAGGCUCAAAGGCCCGAACCAACUUCCAAAUUCCUCCAGUUGUUCCAUUGCCUUUAGUAGGGGCUACUUCAAAUACAUCCACAACGUCAUCAUCUUCUAAUUCAUCUGAUGCUGAAAUGAAGAAGAAAAAGAAAAAGAAGAAUAGUACCGGAGCUUCGUGUGUUAAUAAUAAAAGGAAGUGUUCAGUGGUAACUUCAACUGCACAUCUAUUCAGCCCAACUGAGCACCAGGUGAAUCAUGAAUUGAGUAAAGGGGUUAGUGUUACUGUGGAGCUUGAUCUCAAGCUCGGAUUUGGGAAGAAGUAGUAAUAGCUGGCUCCGAAAGGUGGUCUGAUGCAUACACUUCACUGAAAAAUUAGGUGGUCCAGAAGUAAUUUUGCACACAAUUAGCGGGCUAGUUCUAGUUUGGUGUUGCUUAUGUUCGUGUCUGGUUGUAUAAUUACUAUCAUAGUGCUUCAAUAUUAGUAGUAGUCAUGUGUAAAUGAAACAUUGUCAUGAUCACUGAAUGACUCUGUAUUUUGGUGCUUAAUGCAAUGCAUAUGCGAGAAGAAGUAGUGUUUUUAUUUUGUUGUAAGGUUGAG